AUGGCUAGAGGAAAUUCCACCAUCCCCAUCUGUUUCUUCAAGAUUAUUCUUCAAACCAAUCUACAAACUAUUAAAAUACCAAAUAAAUUUACAAGGAUUCACGGAGCUGGUCUCCCAAAUCCAGUGAUGAUGAAUCCUCCUGAUGGCACUAAAUGGAAAGUGUUUUGGAAAAACAUCAAUGGUGAGAUUUGGUUUCAAAAGGGUUGGAAUGUUUUUACUAAAAACUACUCUCUACAACAUGGUUGUUUGGUAGUGUUUAAAUAUAAAGGAAGUUCAGAGUUAGAUGUAAUCAUACUUGACCAACAUGCAGUAGAAAUCGACUAUGAUUCUUCAUGUGACAUUCUUGUUGAAACUGACAAUGUUGAUGAUAGUGAUGAUGAAUCAGUUGAGAUUUUGAAUGAAUGGCUUAAUAAGAAGAAGGCUAGACCGAAGUCACCAUUAGUUUCUCCUAGACCGCAUAAGAAAGUUAGAGGUGAGAUUAAGGAGACUAGUGAAAGAACUACAUCAUUGAAUUCUCCAAGAGAAAAUAGAGCUGAGGAAGUAGCUGCAAGAUUCAUCACAAACAAUCCCUUUUUCACUAUUCUCAUAAAACCUAAUCAUCUGACUGAAUAUCUGCUGAGUGUACCAAAUCUCGAAGGAAUUAUUGAGAAUAAAGAAAGGUAUGUGAUUCUGAAGAAUGAGAAAUCUUCGUGGAAUGUGAAAUUGCUUUGUUCUAAGAAGAAUUCAAACAAACGCUUCCUAUCGGCUGGUUGGUCCUUAUUUGCACGGGAAACUGGACUGCAAUCAGGAGAUGUUUGUGUCUUUGAACUGAUGAACAAAGAGGAUUUAGUUUUUAAAGUUCAUGUUUUCUGA